ACUGGCAUCGCCUUAACUAACGCGCUACAGUUGUACCACUGCCGCUGCGCGCAGGUCGUGACGCUCACGUCGUCGCCACUAGUCCACUCCCUCGCUUCGCAUCUCGCCUCUGGUGAUGAGAGCGGACAGAGCCGAGCUGAGGGAAUUAAAACCCCCUUAUCCUCUCUCUGCCCCCGGGCUGCCAUUGCUGGAUCCAACCAUCUGCCCCCGCCACGCCUCGUCUCGCGCUAGCCGUCUCGCGUGCGUGCGCGCGCGUCGCGCCGCGCCCUCGUUUUGGAGCCUUGCGCCCCGCUACUUUCCCCUUGUCCCGAACCCGGAAUCCGCCUCGGCGAGCGUCCUUGCUUUGCUUCUUUGGUAUCUGUGCUCCCGUUUGCUUUGCCUUGCCACGCUCCUUCCUCCUCCUCAUUGUCUCCUCCCGUGGUUCGGCUCAUUCUGUUCUUGGGUUGACGCGGGCUGCGUGCGUGCGUGCGUGCGUGCGGAGGCGAUGUCGUCGGCGGUGGAUGCCAUCUCCUGUUCCAAGGGCAUCGCGGCCCCGCCGACGGAGGAGGCGACGAAGGAGCGGGUGGCGGUGGUGGGCAAGAACGGCGGCGUGGAGCACGGCGGCGACGCCGCGACGAUGAACGGGAAGCAGUGCGGCGAGGCGCCGCAUUGCCGCAAGGAGAGCAACGAGGAGGAGGAGGAUGACGAGGAGAAGGCCCCCAAGGCCAUCGACCUCGGCCCGCGUGUCAGCAUCAAGGACCAGCUCGAGAAAGACAAGGACGACGAGAGCCUGAGGCGGUGGAAGGAGCAGCUGCUCGGCAGCGUGGAUUUGAACUCCGUAGGAGAGACGUUGGAGCCUGACGUGAAGAUCAUGAGCCUGGCCAUCCUCUCGCCCGGCCGGCCGGACAUCUUCCUGCCGCUGCCGGUGGAGCCCAACGCCAAGGGCGUCUGGUUCACCCUCAAGGAGGGCUCCCUCUACAAGCUCAAGUUCACCUUCUCCGUCAGCAACAACAUCGUCUCCGGCCUCCGCUACACCAAUGCCGUCUGGAAGACCGGCAUCAAAGUUGACAGCCACAAGGAGAUGCUCGGCACGUUCAGCCCCCAGCCGGAGCCGUACACGUACGUGACGCCGGAGGAGACCACGCCGUCCGGCAUGUUUGCGAGGGGAUCCUACUCGGCCAGGACGAAGUUCCUCGACGACGACCGGAAAUGUUACCUGGAGAUCAACUACACCUUCGACAUACGCCGAGAGUGGCCGGCGUUGAGCUAAUGAUCAGCUGAGCCGUUUUUCCGGUGGUGGUCGCCGAGUAGAAGGGUGAGGCGCCGGCCGGCCGGCAUUCAUGCUGUGUGUUACUGUCGUCACCGUUGGGAGCAGAAGUGGACAUUUUUUUUUUCGUCUCGUUUGCGUCUUAUCCACUCAUUUUUUUUUUUGGUUUGAUUCACCCUAGGGUUCUUUUGUAUAUUGUUGCCCUGUCUGUCCCGGUUGUUUGCUGUGUUAACGCCGUGUUAGACGUACGCUUUGUCAGUUCAAGUUGAUGUUAUGCUAUGUGUUAUGUCAGUGUGCGUGUUUGAGCUUCUGUCACUCUGUCAGGGUCCUGUUUCGAUCGAACUGCCUGUUUGAGUUCAGAGCAACGCAGCUGCAUUUCUUGUAAACACUGGGACUGUAUCUGACGCUUCCCUUACAAA